AGUUGACGUCGCUAACGCAACAUAAAAAACCUUAAAACUAGCAGCGGCCAACAACAACGGCCGGGUUCUAAAAAAUACCAAAACUUAAAUCAAAAACGUGGCAUUUAAAAGCGGAUCUUAAUUAGAUUGAAAUCAAUGUUUUAUACUUUUAUUGAAUAAAAACAAACAAACAAACAGAAAUAACACAAUGUUAGUGCAAUUUUAUCAAAGAUGGCUAAUAAGCCUGUUCUUUUUAAUGGUUUUACCCACCUUAUGUUUGGGUCUUCUGGAUGGCUUGUAUUGUGGCAAACAAAACUGUUAUGAUGUCUUGGGUGUGACGCGUGAUAACACCAAAUCGGAAAUUGGCAAAGCCUACCGUCUGUUGGCCAGAAAACAUCAUCCCGAUUUACAUCGUACGGAGGAGGCAAAAAAAGAGGCUGAAACACAAUUCAAAUUGAUAGCUACCGCUUAUGAAAUUUUGAAGGAUGAAGAAUCACGCAAUGACUACGACUACAUGUUGGAUAAUCCCGAUGAGUACUAUGCCCAUUACUACCGUUACUAUAGAAGAAGAGUCGCACCCAAGGUGGAUGUACGUCUUGUCAUCAUUGCUACACUCACCAUCAUUUCCAUCAUACAAUACUACUCGGGCUGCCAGCGUUACGAUUCGGCCAUUAAAUACUUUGCCACUAUUCCUAAAUACCGCAACAAGGCUUUAGAAAUAGCCAAGGAUGAGAUCAAUGAGAAAAUCAACAAUAAAAAGGGCAAGAAUCGUCUAUCCAAGGCGGAGCAAAGAGAAGAAUUGGAAAAUAUUAUACGCAGAGUGGUGGAGGAGAAAAUGGAUGUUAAGGGAGCAUACGCGAAACCAUCUGUGUGGGAUGUGUUAUGGGUGCAAAUCAUUAUCUCACCUUAUACGCUGGUAAGAUGGCUAUGUUGGCAGGCUAAUUGGUUUUGGAAAUUCAACAUUUGCAAACAGCCCUACGGCCGUGAGGAACAAUUGUAUUUAAUACGUCGUUUUAUGAAAAUGGGGCAACAUCAAUUCGAUGCCCAGGAGGAUCAUCAAAUUGAGGACUAUUUGCAUUUGGAAUUGUGGCAAAAGGAGAACUUUGAUGUGUGGAAAUUGGAGCAAGAGGAAGAAACAAAAAAGAAAAUGGCUGAAAAUCCCCGCUACAAGGCCUAUCGUCGUUAUAUGAAAAAUCAUGGUCCUGGACGUAUGACCUUCGAAGAUUAGUUAAGCUGUUUGAAUAGACGAAUUUUAUUUAUAAUUUUUAAUUUAAUUAAAGUUUAUUUUUUU